CCCGCGCCUGAGGCGCCCUCCGAGUUCCUCCCGAGUCCCGCGGCUCCGAGUGUAGGCUUUCCGCCUCCCGCUGCCGGCUGAGCCUCCUCGCCUCCCCUUCGGCCCCUCCCUCGGUCGCCGUGGACCGGGAGCGCCUGGCAGGCGGCCUGAGGGCGGGCCGCCCUCUUAGCCCCUAGCCCACCCCCUCUUAAAGCAGCGGCGGGAAGAUGAGGUUUCGGGAGCCGCUCCUGGGCGGCAGCGCCGCGAUGCCUGGCGCGACCCUGCAGCGGGCCUGCCGCCUGCUCGUGGCAGUCUGCGCGGUGCACCUCGGAGUCACGCUCGUCUACUACCUCUCCGGCCGCGACCUGAACCGCCUGCCCCAGCUGGUGGGAGUCUCCUCGCCACUGCAGGGCGGCAUGAACGGCGCUGCCGCCGCCAACGGGAAGCCCUCCGGAAAGCUCCGGCCUCCAGGCGUCCGGCCGCCUCAGCCUCGCCCGGGACUCGACUCCAGCCCUGGUGCGGUUUCUGGCCCCCCUCCCGCGAGCAACUUGACUUCGGUCUCAGUGUCCCGCACCACCGCCCUGGCGCUGGCCGCUUGCCCGGAGGAGUCCCCGCUGCUUGUUGGCCCCAUGAUGAUUGAUUUUAGUAUUCCUGUGGAUCUGGAACUUUUGGCAAAGCGGAACCCAGAGAUAAAGAUGGGCGGCCGUUACAUCCCCAAGGACUGCAUCUCCCCUCACAAGGUGGCCAUCAUUAUCCCGUUCCGAAACCGGCAGGAGCACCUCAAGUAUUGGCUGUAUUACUUGCAUCCAGUCCUGCAGCGCCAGCAGUUGGACUAUGGCAUCUAUGUUAUCAACCAGGCUGGAGAAACCAUGUUCAAUCGUGCUAAACUCCUUAAUAUUGGCUUUCAAGAGGCCUUGAAGGACUAUGACUACAACUGCUUUGUGUUUAGUGAUGUGGACCUCAUUCCGAUGAACGACCAUAAUGCCUACAGGUGUUUCUCACAGCCUCGGCACAUUUCUGUUGCGAUGGACAAAUUUGGGUUUAGCCUGCCUUAUGUUCAGUAUUUUGGAGGUGUCUCUGCUCUCAGUAAACAACAGUUUCUUGCCAUCAAUGGAUUUCCUAAUAAUUAUUGGGGCUGGGGAGGAGAAGAUGAUGACAUUUUUAACAGAUUAGUUUAUAAAGGCAUGUCUAUCUCUCGACCAAAUGCUAUGAUUGGGAGGUGUCGCAUGAUCCGGCACUCAAGAGAUAAGAAAAAUGAGCCCAAUCCUCAGAGGUUUGACCGGAUUGCACACACAAAAGAGACUAUGCACUUGGAUGGUUUGAACUCACUUACCUACCAGGUAUUGGACAUAAAUCGAUACCCAUUGUAUACCAAAAUCACAGUGGACAUCGGGACACCGAGCUAGCAUUUUGAUGCAAAUAAGAGACCUGAAAUGGCCAGGGACCGCUGCUGUGUGUCUUUGCCAGUCAGCUGGGCUGGUCCCUCUCGUUUGUACAAUCUGAGUGCUAGGUGUCCUUGCUCAGCGUUCAGCUGCCUUUCCAGACGACCAGGAUAAAUAGAAUGUUUACCCCCAACUCGGCUCUGCAUUCAAUGUAGUGAUUGAGUUCUACAAGGUGUUUGUCAGUGGAAAAGCUAUCAGCCUUUGGGGGCUUUUUGGACAUGUUCAUAGUGUCACCCCAAAGAGUCAGAACUGUACAUUGAAAAUGCUAAAUUGUGAAAUGGGUAAUAACUGUGCUUUAAUCAAUGAUGUUUGUACUUCAUGACAAAUUGGAGACUGCUGCUGAAUUCAGAUCAGUAUGAUAUUCUUUGUCUUUUUUUAAAAACAGAAAAACAUAAAAUUUCAAUCAGUCUCCUGUCCCACUCCCAUCUUUUUUCAUUGAUGUGCAACUAUUACACUCACUGAGUGUGUGUGUGUGUUCUUAGCAAAAGAGUUUUAAAACUUGAGCCUGGAACUUUCUGUCCUGCUAGUGUGGAUUCUAAGGCCUUGAGCUCAGAGAAGCCUUGGGUGCCCUCACAGUGGCGUAGUUCCAGAUGGAUUCAUUUAUGAAUGUAAAGGUUUUUUUUUUUUUUAAGAAUAAAUUGAGUUCUAAUUAUAGUAUAACUUGAUUUCAUGUUGAUCAAAAUUGGAAUAGCUGUUUAGUGUUAAGUCACAAUUUAUUUGUCUGGGCAUGUUAUGUAAACUUGAAUUUUCUAUUUUUAUUGUGGUAUUUUCAAUGUGGGGAAGGGAUUGAAUAUUUUUAGAGGAAAAAAAAUAAUAAUGUAUGCUGUAGUGGCCACAAAUGGGCCUCUUAUUUAGCUGGCAGGCCAGGUUUUAUGAAAAGCAAAAUCACCUCUGGUCCCUUGAUGAGGACAAGGCCUCCCUGUCAGCAUUAUCCUGCCAGACCUCUGGGUCAGGAACUUGGGAGAUAGCAUCUGUCUGCUGAGCAGAACUCACCUUCCCCUCCUGAGGUUGGCAGGGGGCCACCCUCACAAGAGCCCCUGCGCCACAUUCCCUGACCCACCAUUACCAGUUCUUGCCUUUCCUCUGGCCUUCCUGGCCCUGCCUUUCUGCUAUCUUUCUCCCUUUCAUUCCUUUGCUCCAUUCCCCAAGACUUGCAUACAGCACUCAGGGUCAAACAGACUAUUCAUGCCUUUUAAUUAGAAAUCUAGAACAUUCAGUCAAACCCACAUCCCAUUCCUCCAGAGAAUUUUGGUGCCUAAAGCCUCCCCUCACUGCUCAGAAUUUUAGCAGAUGCUCCCAGUCUUUGGGCUAACAUACAGGGGUGUCAUUCACAUACUCACCUGUGCUGGGUGAUGUGAAGUGGUCUGGGGUGAGAUAACAGGAGGCGUUCAGUCCAUCAAGCCAUGAGCAACUUGCCAGGUACAGCCCCGGUGGAGGUUCAGCUGUCUAAUCCCAGAGCUGAGUCCUUCUGCUUGUCAUCCUUAUCCUGUGGGCUUCAGCCCUGAGUGCAGAGGCUGAGGUGAUGCCUGGCCCUGAUCCUACCUAUGCCUUUAUCACUUUGAGCAUCACAGAUUCUAACUUGCUACUUGUUCCAGAAGCCUUUGUAUGGGUUAGAAGCCAUCUUCCCCUGCAAAAGGAGUGGCGCUAUGCAGGGCAGACACUUCUUUAAGUUACCCAUGCUUUAGGAAGUCACUAGAACUAGACUGAGUGCACUGAGAGGAAUUUGGGGACAUGCAAAGGCCUUUCUGCGCUCAGAUCCAGAUGUUUCCAAAGUGCCUUAAAAGAAAGGAGGAGACACAUGCCCUCGGUGGUAUCUUCUGUUUCCUCCUUUGCUUGUAAAACAAAAUUCUGCCCUUUCUCUUUUUUGUUCCUGUUGUGUUUUGUUCAUGUCAAGUAUGCAGUUCAUUCUUAGAACCAAGGGAAAUUGUUUUGCCUUUUGCCCCAUUUGUUGAUCUUCCAGAGCUCUCAGGGCUCACCCCCCACCCACCUCCCAGGCCAGAGGCACAACCAAGACACUGUUGGGCCAGGGCAUUGACCUCGCUGGGGAGAUGCUGUAGUCAGUGUUCUCACUGGAAAUUUGAGGACUGAGGGUUCAGGGAGCAUUUCCUUUACCUAGGAGUUAUGACCGUGGUAUCAUAUGCUGUGCCUUUCUCUGUCUAUCCCUUUGCUGAUGACCAGUGUGGAGUGGCCUUUAGAAAGAUCAGAGGCACAGGAGGGCAAAGGAAAUGCUGUGUUGGCCUACAGUCCAUAGGGUGUCCACUGACCACUAGGCUGUCCUUGAGACCUGUGAUGCUGUGUAUUUGGUAUUUUGUGUAUGCAAAUGUGUGUAUUUACCACAGGGAUUUGGGAGGGGGAUGUAUCUGACCUUGAUGUUCAGAACAGAUAACUGUAUUUUUGCCUUUGAAAUGCAGUAAUAUAACAUGAAUAAAUGACCUUAUCUUUGUAA